GCGAAUUUUAUAUUGCUUUAGGUGAUUUUAUUGAAUGCUUAACAGAUAAUCAUUCUGAUUCAAUUUUACAAUCUAAAACUAAUAAUGCAUUUGAUUUACUAUUAGAAUUUAAUUAUUCUAUGUAUUUUACUCCUACUUCUAUUCCUACUCUUCCUAUUAUUUCUACUUUAUAA